AACAACCGACGUUGAAUAUGAUAAUGUGUGUCAUCGUCUUAUUUAAUUACGAUAAUACCCCUGACGUAACCCGAAAUUUACUAUUUCACUCUCCCUAUCGUCGACUAAUUUUCCCGUCUUCUUCGCUUUCUAGGUCGAAAUCACCGGAAAAUGUCGUCGCCGGAGCAUGCUCUGCUCUCGCUCUUGUCGGAGCUCGCUUUCUCCUUCGACGGAGCCGUCCUCGGAUUAGCCCUAGCUUACGGCGCCGUGCGGUCGGUCCUCAAGUGCACCUCAAGCUCCACCGCGCUGAGUAAGAUUAGAGAUUCUCCGGAGCUCCGCAUCUCCGAUCUCCGGUCGUUGAUUCCGACAUCUCACGACGAAUCUCAUCCGUACGAUCGCCGUAAUGGCGAUGAUCAGCGUGUGGUGAUCAUUCGCGGGACCGUCAGACCGAAACUCGCCGUUGGCGGAAGCUCCAAGAACAACGUGCUGGUCUCUCAGGAGACUGGAGACAGAGCUGUUAUUAUUGAGAGAACGCAAACGUAUAUGUAUAGUGGAUGGAAGAGCUUCUUUCAUUUUUCAAGUGGCCACCGAGCUAUAUUUGGCAGAUCUCUGCGUAAACAAGAGGCUUCUUCAUUGAGAAUGAUGCCAUUUGUUCUCGUGGAGAAUGAUCAACAACCACUGUCUAAUUCUGUUGUUGUCAACUUGGAUGGCUCAAUGCAACCUCUUCCCCUCACGACUGUGUAUAACCGUAUACAGCCUAUUAAUGCAUCUCCUUAUUCAUUCCUCCAAGCAAUCUUUUUCCCUGAGUAUCCCGUUGGUCUGCUUCAUGAAGAGAAGAUUCUACCAUCUGGAAAAGACAUAACAGCUGUUGGCAUCUGCAGUUUUAAUAAUGGUGUUCCUGAAAUCAAGUCAUGCAAAGAUCUUCCCUAUUUCUUGUCUGAAAUGACAAAGGAUAAGAUGGUACUGGAUCUCAUUUUUCAGACAAAAGUACUAUUCUGGAGCAGCAUUGUAAUGGGUUGUGUAUCUGUUGGCAUCCUUGGGUAUGCUGCUGUCAGGGGAUGGAACAGAUGGAAAUCAUGGAAACAUGAAAGGGAGCCACAGCGCCCAAGCCAACCGUUGACUGAUGAUGAUGAUGCUGAAGAUACGGACAAUAUCCCAGAUGGACAACUGUGUGUGGUCUGUUUGACAAGGAGGAGAAUGCCUGCAUUUAUCCCGUGCGGGCAUAUAGUGUGUUGUCCAAACUGUGCCUUGGCAAUUGAAAGGGAAUUGACCCCAAAGUGCCCUGUCUGUUGCCAGACCAUCAGGGGAUCCAUGCGUGUAUACUAUACUUGAGGGAAAACAGAUUGUGUUCUGUCAUUCGUUUUGAUUUCUGUGAUGUGUACUCAAGUCUUUUGGAAGCACAAUUUUAGAAUCUGCAAGUUCACAACAAAAAAGACAUAAAUAAAGAGCUACUUCCACAAGGAGCA